UAUCAACACACCACUAAAGAAAUAUUGAUGUGUAGUAAUCACUGACAGGAAAGUGACAGCGGCAAGACAGUGAUAAUCAACGGAAUAGUAGUGGUGAUGACGUUUUUAAAGAAUAUAAUCUAUUUUUUGGUUGGCGGGACUGCGAUCUCUCUGGUGAUAGUGAGAGUCUUGGAUGAUCAGAUAAAAUCAGCCGUGUCUUGGACCAGUAGCGGAGAAUCAGCUGGCCAGAUGAUGAGAGAGAGGGCUGAACACCUGGUCCAGGAGUGUCGGCGACGUCAGGUGAAAGAGUUUGUACCCACCAGACCCGUCAUGGUCAACAGAUACACACUCUCCAGCCCGUUCCCGGUGUGUAUACCUCCCAAGUGCGGGUCGACUGCCUGGGGGUUCUUCAUGAGACAGCUACGUCAUAUUAUCCCUGGGAGUCGAGAACACAUGAAGACUUUGGUAGUGAGACAUCCUUUUGUCCGUCUUGCUUCAGCCUACAGAGAAAAAUACCUUAAUGGUUCUCCACUGAACACUCGAUCAAAAACAGGGGGCAGACAGCCCUCACAAUAUGUAUGGGUGAACUACUGGAUUCCAGCUCUCAUACACAAAAGAUUAAUCACCCCUUCACCCAAAUUCCUCAGAAGACUUGAGAAGACAUCAAAAGCAUUUAGGUUUGUGGCAAAGAAGGCGGGAGACACCUUGGACCGUUUUCGCGUUGAUACAUCAUUAAACGUCGAUUCCAGUCAUAUGACAAUGAGGAUUAAGUCUGUCAGGGAGAAGGUUAACCGUGGCCUACAAGAAGAGCUCGGUGCAGCUGUCCAUGCUGGGUACUCUGAGGUCCAACGAUCUAAACUGCAGGAGAGUUUUAACAAUGCUUCCAUAUCAUUGGUUGAGUUCUUAAGGUAUGUGCUGUGGACUUGGGACAUGGGCAUAGAGGACCGCCACUGGACCCCAAUCAAUGAGUUGUGUGAUGCAUGCGGAGCUAAUUACACCUACGUUUUGCAUAUGGAGAACCGUGAAGAGCCCAGCUAUCUGUUUGGCCUCCUACAACUCCAGGUGACUUUGCCAGAGGUGUAUAAAUCUAGAUCGUUGUCAACAUACCAGUCUGAUCUUCGUAACUUUGAAAAUCUGCCCAGGGACUUGUUGGCCAGACUUGUCGACAUGUACGAACUGGACUUCCAACUUUUUGGGUAUGACAAACAACCAUUUCUCGUGUAAGGGAAAUCUGGAGUUAAAAGCGAUUUUCAGGCAAAAAUCUAUAAAAUUUCCAAAAAAAAAUUACAUUGAAUUUAAGGGAUAUAGGAAAGGCUUCUUAAAAUUACAUAAACAUUGCCUAUUAUAAGAGUCAACUUUCAGUUUAAAUGUAAAGCCUGAAAAAUUUAGCUGUGUUAAUGAUUUUAGUAGACAAGUUCAUUCCAACGAGACAAGACGACAGUCCUGCCAGCCAUAGAUCUUACCCAGACCAAACCCUGACAGGACACUUAUAAUUAAGCACCUGACUGUCAUAACUUGCCGUUGCCUUAUGUAAAUGCACACUUGACCACAUUAAAACCUUAAUGUUUCGACCCACCCUUAUGAGAACUUUCAAGUGUGGAAAUAUCUUAACCACUCUGACCACUCCUAAAUCUGCCAGAGAUCUUUCUGUAGCUCAUCACAGUCAUUUGGUUCUUAAUUUCCAUAAAUACCUUGGCAUCUUCCACGAACAAAAGGUUAUAUAUUUUGGGUCCCGAUUAGCACAGUACUGUACAUGUAAAUUGUAUAAAUGUACCAGUCCAUGUACUGUUAAUAUAAGUAUACUACACCAUUACAGAUAGAGUACUGUUAAUAUAAAUCACUAGAAAGGGUCUGCCAGAAUAAAAUAAUAAUAGUCUCGGUACAGUUAGCUGGUGAUCAGCACUUGAUGGACAGGUCAGAUAGAUGCCAUAUUAACUUGCAUCUUGAUUAAGUACUUACCUACAGUAUACUGUAUAUAUGUAUCUGUCUACGGUCUACCUAUCUAUCAACAUAUACUGUAUUAUUCAUCUGUAUGUAUAUAUAUAUUAUCUACAGUACUGUAUUUGCCACAUUAUUGUACUGCAGUUAGGGAAGUAAGGCUUUUUGAGUGAUGUUUUAUUGAUUUGAAAAGUAUUAUAUUGUUAUUAAUACUAAAAUUGAAGUAAUUUUUAUGAUAUACUGUAUCUGAGUAUAUCAGUAAUGUUGGCAGCCAUGUUUGGUUGGUUGUAAUAAAAAAUCCUUAACCUUGGGUCAUUACAGUAACAAAACAGUGACAGUCAUACAACCUUUUACAAAGAUGUUGUUAUUGGUGCAGAUGAUAGUGAUGCUGGUACAAGAUAAAGACACAAUUUUACUAUCCUGUGAUGUCCGUGUUGAUUGUUAUUGCUGGGCUAAUUGUUAUUAAUAUUUGCGUGUUGAGUAAUUGUGCAUGAAAAAAGUAUUAAUGCAUGAGCCAAUGUUGUUACUUGGGUCAGCCUUGAUUAUGUAAUGUC